AUGUCAACAAUGAUUGAGCCAAUCAACACCAACCAUGGUACCAAAGAACCCAUCAAGAAGAUCCAAACACUAGGAAGCGUUCGCCAAAGAGAUGAGCACACGAACGAAAUCAUAUUGAUCCCAACGCCAUCUCAAGAUCCCAAUGAUCCUCUGAAUUGGAGUAAACCACGCAAGUACUACAUGGCAAUUCUCAUCUGCCUGGCCAUGUUCAUGUGCAACUUUCUUGCCGCUGGACCAUCGGUAGCCAUCCUUGAAACAGCUCUCGAAUUCUUCCCUCCCAUUGCAGGCCCAGAUGGAAUCUCUGCUGCCAUCGCCAAAACAGCAUACUUCUUCACCACUACUUCCCUUCUCCAAGGAACGGGUAACUUGGUCUGGAUGCCACUGGUGAACAAAUAUGGUCGUCGCCCUAUUUAUAUUGCCUCCUACACCUUAUACUUCGCUGUUGCCCUGUGGUUGUCCUUUACCAAGGUAUAUGGAAGCUUUUUGGCUGCUCGUAUCUUGAUGGGGCUCGCAUCGGGAGCUGCUGAGACCAUGGCGCCUCUCUCCAUUGCUGAUGUAUUCUUCUUGCACGAGCGUGGUGCGGUGAUGGCUAUGUACACAUCUGCAUUAUCCUGUGGUGUAGCGGGUGGUAUGAUUAUCGCUGGACUCAUCACCAUCCACAACACCUGGAGAACCAUCUAUUACGUCGGCGCAGCUCUGAUCGGCACGCUUCUCAUUCUCGUCAUUUUCACCUUUCCAGAGACAAGCUACAUUAGAGAUAUCACACCAACCACUAGCAGCUCAGAAACAGGUGUCUCUGAUGAAAAGCUGGGAACUACAUCAAUCGAACUCGCAGAGAAUGGAUCCCGAACCAUCCCAAAAUGCAAGACCUAUCUGCAAAAUCUCAAGCUCUUCAGCGGUAUAUACACCAAUGAGUCUCUACUCGACCUUUUCCUCAGACCCAUUGCACUUGUCGUACUUCCUCCUGUUCUCUGGGGUUCCCUUGUAAUGUCCGUCACAAUCGGCUUUCUAGUCGCUGUGUCUUCGAACGUCGCUCCUGCGUUCGACACAGCAUAUGGGUUUGUGGCCUGGCAGACAGGGCUUUGCUUCAUCUCGGCCAUCAUCGGAUCUCUUAUCGGAAUUUUCGCUGGAGGUCAUUUGAGUGAUAAAGUGACGGACUACUUUACCAAGCGGAAUGGAGGUCUGAGAGAGCCAGAAAUGAGACUUCCAGCCAUCGCUAUCAGUUUAAUCACAACGCCGUUGGGACUCAUAUUGUUUGGAGUCGGGAUCCAGAACAAGCUUCAUUGGAUUUGUCCCACAAUUGGUCUUGGUCUCUUGAACUUCUCAAUUGUCCAGGCCACCAACGUUUCUCUUGUCUAUACCAUCGACUGCUACCGACCUAUUGCCGGCGAAGUCACUGUCACUUCCAUGGCGCUGAAGUCAUGUUUCGGAUUCCUCCUGUCAUUCUAUACCAACCCUUGGAUUGAAAAGGUCGGAUAUCUCAAUGCGUAUGGUACGAUGGCUGGCAUUGCAGCGGCCAUUCUUUUGUUUGCUAUCCCGAUCUACAUCUUUGGCAAACGCAUUCGACAUGCCACUUGGCACUGGUCGGUAGUCAAGUAUGUUCAUUGGGAUGAUGAUCGGGAGGUUGGUGAAUAG